AUGGGGAUUAAUGGAACUAAUGGAAACAUGGAGGAUGAGCAAGUUGAGAAAUUAAUUGAUAGUUUUUUGAUUAAUAGAAUAAAAGAAUUGAACAUUAUAGAUUUUGAUGAUCGUGUGGAUUUAAGAGUGAAAUGGAAUAAAUACAAAACAUAUUUGAUGCGCCCGAAAUCAGAAAUUUACUUUCUUCGAUCGAUACUAAGUUAUUUAGAGUCUCUAAAUUCAGAAAAAUACUUGAAAAUAUUUGGAAUAAAUUUAGAAAAAGAAAGUUUUGAGAAAAUUUUGAAAAUAAGCUUGAAAAAUUUUUUUGAAAUCUUUUGUGACGAUUCAAAUAAGAUAGUCGAGAGCUUGGAUGAUUUUAUUUAUUAUGAAAGAGAUUUUUUGGAAAGGAUUUUAAAUAUAAAGAUUAAGAAGAAUGCAUCAACUACUAGUACAUACACAUCUGAAUACGUAACUCAACUAAGACGUGAUAUUGAUAUGGAGGAAAAUAAUGAAAAGUUUCAGGAGGAGGAAUAG